UCCAGUAAGAAGCCGAUCCUCGCGGGUGCACCACUUUGACGCCAUGGACUCCAGCCAUAUUGCCGUGAGAUCUGGUAAGCCAGUCGCCAGACAGAAGAUAGCGCUCCGAUAAGAUAACAGUUAUUGGGCCUCAUCAGCAUCAUGGCAUCAUGGCGAAUGGGACUCCCAAAUUUAGUCUUAAGAUGCCCAUCUUCGUAAGUGCGUACAGCUUGCGGGCGAUCAGCAAAUAUUACGAGGAGCAAGACCAGAGCGGUCUCGACAAACUGUGCCACUUGGCUAAUCAUCUGCGCACUUUUAUCUUGGCUAAGCUCCAUCAUGUGUUGUUUGCUCUAUAUUUCGCUUUGCUAGCCCUGCAUCACGUUCCCUCCGAGGACUCAACGACCCCAAAUGGCAGCCUGGGCUCCACCGAUCAUAUCAUCAUUUGUGUAUCCGAGGAUAGCGAAGUCAGCGAAUCCACUCCGCUGUUGAGAACUUCGAACUCCUCCUUCAUCACUCCACCACCGGCAAGCAUCACAAAAGACUGUCUCAAUUGGCGCUCGGUGGGACUGCUGGCUAUGUGCGCGUCCGGCGUGAGUCUGGCCAUCUAUUUGCUUUGGAGGCAAACUCAACUGCCGGACUUUGGCUAUCGCCUCACUCUCAUCGAGCAUGAUGUAUGGUCGGAUAUGGAUGUCCAGGAUGAGGGAACUGUGCUGGACCCACUCAAAGUAGUGACGGUCUUCUUCACACAGACGGAUAGUCCGGAGUGCCAGGAGGAUUGCUUGGAGGUGCUCCAUGAACUGCAGGCAUCCCGGAAAGAGGAGCUUCCCUACAAUUUUCUCAUCACCGGCGACUGCCAGGCCUUCGAGGCCCGUGGCUGGCAAUACGAGAGCUUCUUUUCCCAGGAGCUACCCCUGGCCAGCUCCCUGGUAAUAGCCUUCGUGGGCCAGUUCCAUCGAAUCCCUCCCAAUCGCUGCCAGUUGAAAGUAGCCCAGGCCUUGCUCCUGGAAUCGCUGAAAAGAAGAAAACUACAACCGGAUUACCAGCUAUAUGUGCUGGGCAGUAAUACAGGGGCUGUGGAGCGGGAACUGGAACUCUGGCCAAGGUAUGCCGGACACCGGAGCAUCAAUAUACAAAGAAGCGCAGGAUGAGUAAAGCGGGUGCCACCGAAAAGCAAAGCGGAGAUCCCCUGGAUCAGCUCUUGACGGGAUCGGGGUACCGGACCAGCAAAGCGUUGCGCAUUGGGGGGUUACGGAUGAUGCCUAAAACU